UAUUCACCGGGGAAUUGUGCAGACGUGUAUUUACACACAACAAGAGUAAUCAUUCAAUUAUGUACAUAGACCAUCACCUAUCUAUUGUUGUUUAAAGAAGUAUAAAGAGAAAUACUGUUGUUGAAAUGCAAAUCAAAUAUUUCCUUAGUAUUGAGAACAAAGUCCACAUAAAAUGCUUGUUAUGAACUAGGUAAGGCUGGGUUUUCCUGGUUACACAGUUCUUAAACUGCUGUAGCAACACUUUCAUUUGUAUUGCACUAUUAUUAGAGAUAAAUUCCAGCCAUAUAGAUAAUUGUGGGUGUUUUGGGUGCAUUCUCCUUGAGAAGUGGACCGUGUUUUACUUUUUUGUCAGUGAGGCAUUUUCUACUUGGUGUGGUAUUGUUAGUCAAUAGUGGACUUCUAAACAACUCAAUCCCAGACAAAGUCUAAACCUUGAGGUAACACUAGUACGGAUAUAAUACUGAAGAUAAGCCUUGAUUGCCAUGGGAAACCAAACAUCAACCUCAAAAAGCCCAAGUAGUCCAGGUAGGGACUCAGCUAUGCGAAGGUCCAACUACUUCAGAAGGAGCAACUUCAGAAGUGGGGCCAUGAAGAAGAAGAAGCCUGCAACAUCACCAGGGUCACCACCAAGGACUGGAGGAUCAUUCCGGUCUCCGCUGAAGUCAGUGACGACAUCGAAUCCUGCAAGUCCAGCCACAGGAUCGCAUACCAAUUCUCUGGGACCUGCCGCUAAUCGUUUCCAUAAAGAUGUUGGAAGGAUGUCACCCAGCAAAUUGGACCUAUGGAAAUUGGAAAAACCUGUGGAUAGAGGUGGUCAACUCAUUGUUGAAUGCAUUGAACUUCAUUGUCAUUUGAACAAGGGUUUCCAUAGCACCGAAGAAUACCAGUCGACUGAUUUGAUAAUACGCCGUGGACAGUCAUUCCAGAUAACGAUGCGGUUAGACCGUCAGUUUAAUGACAAAAAUGACACCAUAACCAUACGGAUGACAACAGGAACAAUCCAUAAAAUUUGUGAUAGUACAUUAGUCCAAAUACCGAUACUUAAGGAAAUUAAGAAAAGCCAAUGGAGCGCUGUAAUAAAGAACAUUGAUAACUGUUCGGUGACCCUUGACAUCUGGUGUCCAGUCAAGUCUCUGAUUGGUCGAUACAGGUUGAUGGUAGAAACCAGAGCUACGCAGAAGGAUUUGCCAGAAAGAGAGUUUAUAUAUCAACAUGAUGAUGCUGUGUAUAUACUUUUUAAUCCAUGGUGUGAAGGUAAUUUCCAGCCGUGUACGGAUGUUGAAAGAAAGGAGUAUGUACAAAGUGAUACUGGUUUUAUCUGGUUUGGAACAAGUAAGCACCUUAGUAAGCGAGCUUGGGAUUUUGCUCAGUUUGAUGAAAUUGUUCUUAGAACAAUAAUGUUCAUCAUUGAAUCCAGCGUCAAUGUGUCUGCGAGAAAUGAUCCGAUUAAAGUUAGCCAAAUUGUUUGCAAUGUGUUGAACGGUCACCAUGAGUAUGGUGUGAUGGAAUGCCGUUGGGACAAUAAAUAUUCGUUUGGUGUUCCUCCUGCAACAUGGAAUAGUAGUCGUAGGAUUCUUGAAGAAUACAUGAAAACGCAAAGGCCAGUGAGGUACGGCCAGUGCUGGACAUUAGCCGGUCUGCUGACGACAAUGUGCCGCUGUAUCGGGAUUCCUGCACGAUGUGUUACCAGUUUCAACUGUAAUCAUGAUGCUGAGAAAAAUACAUCAGUUAACAUCUAUUUUGAUUCAAAUUCAAAUCAACCAAUAGAAAAUAUGAAUGAUCAGUCUUUAUGGUUCUUUCAUGUUUGGAAUGAAGUUUGGAUGACAAGAACGGAUCUGCCACAGGGCUAUGAUGGUUGGCAAGUUCUUGACCCAACCCCCCAAGAAACCAGCAAAGGUUUAAGCUGUAUUGGACCUGUACCAUUGAAUGCUGUGAAGCAAGGACAUCUCUACUAUCCAUAUGAUUCUGACCAACUCUUCACUUCUGUCAACUCAACUGUAACAUUCUGGAGUUGUUCAGAGGAAUUUGGUGUGUACGGCCAGAUGAGGGUUGUAAAGCAGCAUGAGAUUGAUGGACAGAUGAUCUACACAAAGGCACUAGGAAAAGCUGAGCCGGAAGAUAUUACACACCUGUACAGGCACCCAACUGGUAGCAAAGAGCAUAAGAUGACAAUACAGACAGUAUGUGAACUUGGAUUAGGAGUAGAAACGGAAGAAGACGUACAAACACAAGACGUUGAAAUCAAGAUCGAGACACCAGAUGAUGCUGUAGUUGGAAGCGACUUUAACAUUACAAUAACUAUGCACAAUUCCAGCGCAGAAGAAAGGAACAUAGAGGCAAGGCUCAAGGUUCAGGCAUGUUUCUAUACUGGUGUCACAAAAGAGCGAUGUAAGGAAGAAUUACUAUCUGUAAAGUUAAAGCCCAAAGAAACAAGUUCUUCUGUAGUCCACAUGGCAGCAUCAGAUUACAUGAUGAAACUUGCAGACCACAGUUGUUUGAGAGUCUUCCUGUUUGGAAGGGUUGAGGAGACUAAUUCAAAGCUUGUCUGUCACUCAGAUAUGUGUCUCGCUCGCCCUGAACUUGAAAUCACGCUGAAGAACACAGAUGGCUUGAAAGCAGAUGAGAUCUUCUUCGCAGUGUUUCAGUUCAUGAAUCCUGUAAGCAUUGCACUUACCAACUGCAGGCUAACUGUUGAUGGAUGUGGGGUGGAGGCAGUGAAACCUGUCGAAAUGCCGGAUAUUGAACCAUUCCAAAAUCUGAAGACAAAGAUGAAACUAAGGUUAAUUAAGGGAGGUCAUCAAACUCUUAUAGCUGGAUUUACUUGCGAUCAAAUCAACAAUGUAACAGGUUACAUAGAACUUGAUAUUGAAAGGCUUGUGUAAAGUUGUCACCGGGCUACACAUUAGGGUGUGACCUUAAAGCCAGGCAGUCACUGCGCCCGACGGUGUUUUGUCAGCCGACGCGAUUCUAUGGAGAAAGCAACGGAUCGUGUUUAAUGGCGAUAACUUCAGACUGUCCCCAACAAUCAGCAGACGGAAUCGCGUCAUGUAACGCUCACAGUGAUUUUACUAAAGCUCUGUCCAGGCUAUAAAAUUUAAUUUGACCAAAAAAAAUGUUGUAUGCCCAUAUAUAGUCAUGAUCAUAAUGUUAUCACAUCAUGACCAUAUUUAGGCAUAUCAUGUUUUUGUCAAAUAAAAUGUGAUAGUUUUGAAUGUUGUAUAUUGCUAGAGUUGGAGUCGUCGUACGACGCAGUGAGUGCCCAGCUUUAGUUGAAGAACUAUGCAUAACUAAAUAGUGAGACAGCUCUGAGAUACCGUUGGAAAGUCGGUAUAUAAGAUGCAAAAUAUGGAUCAUUUCGUGGCUUCGUAUGUGACUUCAUGUCAAAUACAUUUUACCAUCGGGAAAAAAAAUCUAUGUACUCUAAAAUGGGGGAAGCACGACAUUCAACGAAGUAGCAGUAAGAGUGAUAAAUUUUGUAUAAUACAGAUUCUGUUUUAUAUGCUCGUAAGCUUGACAAACUAAAAUUGUGGAAUCUAAUAAUAAUCAGGCAAGAGUCUAAUACCUUUUUAAAAGUAGAUAUUAGUUUGAUGAAGGAUAUUCCCAUUGUUAAUGAAUACUUUCUUUUUACAAUUCAAACUAAAUAUAUUUUACUAAAGCUCUGUCCAGGCUAUCAAAUUUAAUUUGACAAAAAAAAAAUGUUGUAUGCCCAUAUAUAGUCAUGAUCAUAAUGUUAUCACAUCAUGACCAUAUUUAGGCAUAUCAUGUUUUUGUCAAAUAAAAUUUGAUAGUCUUGUAUUGCUUAAAUGUUGUAUAUUGCUAAUACAAUAGGGCCCUUGAUAUGUUAUUUUUGAUGUUGAAAAAGAAUAUAAUAUUUUAUAUUAAAUAUUUUUAUCAAGCCUAGAAUUAAACAUUAACAUAUUAGUAUAUCGCCAUUACCAUGAUCAUUGUGAUCGUACAAUUACUCUUGAACACUCUAUUCGACUUACACUACCGCGGCCUGUAUUUUUUUUUUAUAUAUAUAGAUCCUUGAUCGUAAUAUAGUAGCUGAAAAUAAAAAAAUAUUAAUAAAUUAAACUAUAGAUUUAUAUCAGAUCAACAUAUUGGCACUUGAAUUCGACAUGGAAUAAUGCAACGAUGAAAGUACAAAAUGGUUUUAAUUUAAAUAUAUUUACUUUUAGUUGAAGGACGACGAAAAAUACAGAAUAUAAUUACAAUGCAUUUCAAUCAACUUGCCAGCAUAAAGAUAUUCAAUCAGGCUCCAGUGAUAUGUACAUCUGAUGUAGAAAAAGAAUAUCAUAUGUUUUAUUGAUUAAUUUAAUUUAUCAAACCUAGAAUUAACUUGUUAACGUUAGACCUAUAGUGUCGGAGGAAGGUGGGACAAAUAUUGAUUCAUCUUUGACAGUUACCCAUAUUACUAUAUUUCUGUGGCCUAUAUCACAGUAGGCCUACAUAGCCGCGGACGAGAAAAAGAUACACAAUGAAUGAAGCAUGGUUCAAAUUAGUUAAUCAUUUGAUUCUAAUGAAGCUGAUGAAAUAUGGGGCUAGUAAGUAUCAGAGUUAAUCUUUCCAUGAUUGAGAUUGUAGAUCUGGUAAUUAAACACGCUACUCUCCCAAUUAUGGUGAACGUCGUGUCUCUAGAACUUUCCUGUCGGUAUACCAGGGAUUUCAAUCCAGAUACGCCCUCAAUUAGCGGCACUCUAUAAAGCAUCUAGAGUCUAGAAAGUUGCAGUAACAAAUAUAGUACAUAACCUAUAAUAUUUCAAAUAAAGUUAAUGCAUAGCACUUGGGGUAAAUAAUAUAAACAAAUAGGAAAAUAAUAGCAAUAUGGUUUUUCGAAGAAUUUCUCAUUAUUUCACUUAACCAUUAUUAAUCUUUACACGAUAUGCGAGAGUUAUUUUGCCGUUUAUCGUGUGUGCGUUUACAAUAUAUCAAGGUCAAAAUUUUAGUGACAUUUUAGGAAAUAUAACUUACUGAUAUAUUGUAUUUUCAAAACUUUUUAAAAGUUUAAUAUUUCUGAUUUAUGAUACAAAUUGACUAUACUAUUUAUAUACAGUACUCUAAGAUUUGCAUAAUAAAAGUUUCCGACCUCUUAGAAUAAUGUACUGAUUGGAGCAUUUAAUAUGCUACGCAAAGGCGGUUAAGAUUAAAUUUUUACAUGUUCAAAACAUUUUUUUUUUUUUUUUUUUUUUUAGGUUAUUGCAUAAUACGCAAUGUGAAUAAUACUGAAUUUAAUGACCUUGGUUUGAAAUCAUAAUCGACUUUGGGAUGGGAAUUUUCAGAUCUAAUACCAUCUUUAAUUAUCAGCAAUGAAGGUGGUUCGCCUAUGUGAAUGCUAUGUAAUUUUUACAGAUUCAUCAUCAUCAUCAUCCUCAUCAUCAGCAACAGCAGCAGCAGCAGCAGCAGCGUUCGAGGCAACUGCUGGCCGAUAGCCUCCCCAAACUUCAUUCACGAUGACACUAAAUAAGCUUCUCAAAUUCUUAAAUUGUUUGAGAUUCCGAGCCUGCACUCCUGGAGCACAUUUAAGAGGUUCUGGAAAUUGAAGAUUCCCCCAUUUAAUAAUUAAUAUGUUUUAUUUAUAUUGCCCUAAACGUAAAUAAAACUAACCCUCUCAUUACAAUUAAAAUUCGUCAAAAAUUAACAUUCUAUCACAACACUUACAUUAAAAAUGUAUAACAUCGACCAAAAAAAUAAGAAUAGUAGUAAAAAGUAGAAACAUCGCGCACUUACAUUAAUAAACAAAAACAAAUCGGUCAAUUCAUGGCACAACCAUUUUAAGAGUAUUGUCUGUCACUCAAAGCUUCGUCAGAUGAUCGAAUUAGCUCUCUAUCGUACCUUUAUCUGAGUAUCAUUAGUGCAAGUAUGGAAUAUAAUAUUACAUCGCAAAACACAAGUAUUACCGAAGGGUGGAACUACCUUUUAACAGAUUUGAGGGCUAAUCUAAUCGAGUAUACCUAAUUUCACCAGGUCAUGAAUAAUGUAGUAUAGAAACAUGAAAAGUAAAAGCUGUCCUUAUCAAGGUAUCAAAGUUUACAGUGGCGAAUUGAAGUAGAUGGGCCCAGAGAAGGAUUGUCAAAGAUGGACGGUUUAUGCUUCCUCAGCUCCACCAUGGUUGGGCUGGGGUAAGAAAAUUUAUGAUUGACAAUCGAAUUUCUAUCAAGUCUAUAUUGACGACGUCCAGCUAAGCUUUUUAUAAAAAUAAUUAACGUAAAGAAUUUACAAUUUGAUACACUGUAAACAUAUACUCUAGAAUAGUAGAAGUCAUGAAAAUAUUCAUGAAAAAGAAUUAGAAGCGAUUAAUUACUAGCUUUUUAUCGAUGAAUGGUCAGCUUUAUUAACAAUUCUCGUGGGAAAAACACGGGAAUGAUACUAGAUGAAUGUAUACGUUUAAUAAUUUUAUUUAUUAUUGUUUACCUAGUUAUCCCGGGCCCGGGGGCACUUGCCCCGGUUUUCCGGGCCUCUCUGCGCCAAUGUCAACACAUGCCAGUAUAAACACGCAAUUAUAGGCACACACUUAAAAAGGGCCCCUAGAUACGUGUGAAUAGGUUGCAUUAGGAUGUACAAGAAGAUAUGACUGAUAGCUAACUUUGUUACAAUGUCAUACAUUUUAGGUUCUGUUAUAUUUAAAGGCCGUAGUUUUCGGGGGCACCAGGGAUCUGCUUCUCAAUCCGGCUGGGCUCUAGGCGGCCCCCGACCCCAAUCAAUGGGCCCGGGCAGCGAAGAUGCUCCGGGGGCCCGCGGCCGCUCUAGGCGGCCCUCUGUGUUGAAGAGGGCCGCCUUAAAUCUCUGUGAUCAACAGACGCAUAAAGUAAGUGUUUAUGUAUUUUAUAUAUACCGUUAAACCUCGACUACAAGCUCUGGGAUUUUUCUUUUAUGGAUUUUUUUACUGUUGGACUUUCUUCUUUUCGAGAUGGGCUUCUUUUCAAGACUACAUUUUUAGUCCUUAUCCGAGAAGACUUGGUUCUACCAACCAACCAUGGGCGAGGAGGUAUUGGAACCAGCGUCGAUGUUAAGGCGGCAGCAAGCGGCGCCCCUGCCUUACUGCUCGGCCACUCGACUCGCCCAAGAGAUUGAGAUUAGUAUUGCUAAAGAGGGGGGGGGGGGCUUCAUUUCGAAACUUGGGCUUCUUCUCCAGAUUAAUUCCAUUAGGCUUCUAUUCCAGGUUCUACCUACUUAUUUUUUUACAUAGAUUCUAGAUUUGUCAGGUUCAGUUUUAAAUGUUUUAUUCUAGUAGAUUUAAAAUGCUACCGUAACCUAGGAUCUAAAAGCAAUUUGGUCGCACAUUUUUAACAUUUUUGUAGUUUACGUUUAACAUCCAGAAAAUUGGGAAAUUAAAUAAUUUUUGUUUGUCUUAUUAUUGAUAUAGACACUAUGCUUACUUUAUAAAUAUAUAGGCGUAUUUUAUCAGUUACCAGUGAAAAUUUUAAGUUUGUUAAACUUAGGAUUACGCUCGUUUGUUGUAUGUUAGAUUUACCUUGUCGAAUUGAAAAUACUAAAACAUAUUGUUUGCCUUUCUCACUAUCUUUUUAUUACUUUUUAAGUUAAUACACAUAUAUUUAUUAUAUUAUAAUUAUCAGUAUUAGGAUAUUUAAUAGUCCUUCAAUGAAUAGAAAAUGCAAUACAUAUCCCGCGGCCGAACUUGUUGGCGAUCGAAACUGUCCUACACCCUUACGGGUAGGCCUACUUAGAAAGGGCAGUUAUGCCGAAUGUCAAUUUUUCGAUUUUCACUACCACCUGCAUUUAAAAAAAAUAAAACCUUGAUCGCCAUACAUGUAGCAUGUCAACACCAAUAAAUAUUAAUAAAUUAAACUAUAAAAUA